CAUAGGCGGCAGCUGUACAAGUCGUGAAAUAUUUGUUGUUCCGGUGUAUUUACUAAAUUUAUAUUUUGCAAAAUAUUUCUGUGUUGAAAAGACUUUUCUACUUUAACAAGUGCUGUGAAUAGCUGAAAAACAACAAGUUUAGCAACAAAGUUGAAGGUCGGUCACAUUCGCAUUCAAAAACAGUGACGACAUCGCUAUUUUUGUUUACAUUCGCCAGCAUUUCACAAGUAACUGCAAACACAAUGUCAGACUUGUCCUAUCUGGAUACAAUUUCAAACAAGGAGUUGCACGCCAAGUGCUUGCAGCAUGGACUACCCAACAUACCAGUGACCGAUUCAAGUCGCCAAGUGAUUCUGCGUCGUUUGCGCUCGGCUAUUUUGGGCGUCCCUUUGAACAAGUCGAAGAACAAUAGUGCAGCUGCAUCGAAAAAGAAAGCUCCUAGACGUGAAACAGUCCACAGUAGUAACGUGACACCAGCAGCUGAAACUGUACAGCGCGUUGCUGGUAAAAGCCCAAGUCGAAACAACAACAUACGCCGAACAAUUGCCGCAACUGCUGGAGAUUAUUAUCCGCUAGGCAAUGUAUCGACACGAUCUGUGGAAACGACAACAACCGUCUCCGAUGUGGGAUCACAGUCUGAGGAUGACGAUUAUUACACCAAUCGCCCACAAUAUAAUGAAGUGCAUCGCCCGGUUUCAUUGGGAAAAUCCGAGCUGUUAACCACGUCCUAUACAAGAGGCAUCGAGGGACAGGAAACUCAAUACUCAGUGGACGACGAGCCACAAGCCUACACAUAUCAGCGUCCACACGUGGCUUCCACGCUGCCUGGCUAUCAACAAGAUCGCACAUAUAGCUCCGGUUUGGCUAGAAACCAAAAUCUUACGCAUUCUCUGUUGAACUCGACCAGCUACAACGAGGAUGCCACCGAUUACAACAAUGUGGAACCACAGCGCUACUCCUAUAAUGGAUCUGCAGCCCCAUUUCAAAGUGCGGCUGCAUCAACUUCAGCAGCAACUUCCACGAUUCGACAGCGUCAGACGAUGGGAAGCGUUACUGGAUUUGGCAGAGGUCGUUUAAUCCAACCUACUUAUCGCAUUAACACGCUGUAUCCGCAGCUGAACGAAUUCUAUGAUCAGCCCACAAAUGCUGACGAAUCCAUGGAAGUAGACACAGAUAGCGAGCCAGAAGUUGAAACACAGCAACAACAACAACAACGUUCUUAUGGUCGCCAACCCGUUGAAUCUCCGUAUUUAAGCCGUUUCUCCCGUCAGCUGGAUGCUGGAAAACUUUCAUCGCCCUUGGCCAGGCCACAGAAACGCACGACUUUGGCCAAUGAGGAUGCGCUGGACUCUCCAAUGACGCAGUUUCGUGGACUCUUUAGAUCCUUAGAUCAAAGAUAUCACCUUAAGUUUUACUUCUGUCUGAUGUUGGCUGUUAUGUUCACCACAUUGGUUUAUGUUCUGCUGACGCCAUAAAUAAAAAAGCGUUAUGUUCUUUAAGACUUGUGGUUAUGGUUAAUAAUAUGAUGUUUAGAAUUCAAUAUGCAAACGCUGUAAAGAUAAAUAUAUUGAUAAUGCAAACAAAAUCUGUUGCAAUUGUUAAAUAAAAAAUCAAAUGUUAUGGCCAAUAAUUAAAAUGCUAUAAUCUCAAGUUGGGACUGCAAUUGCUGACGAUGUCAAUUGAUAAGCGACGAGCGCGUGAUUUCCUCCCACUGGCUUUGUUGAACAAAUACUGAAUUCUGUUCUGGUUUCACUUAUUCAUUUUUUUAAAUAUAUAAUUAGAAAAAUGUACUACAUUACAAUUAAUUUAUUAAAUAAACUAAUUAAAUUUAAUUUUUCAGUGUUGUUUUUGUUUUUGUAUUCUUUAAUAUUCUUGUUUUUGUGUCUUGUGUUUCAGUUAUCGGGCAUUGUCUUUAAGCUACUAUUUACACGAUAUUUAAGAGUUGCAACACAAACAAGUGUAAAAUCGUACAACUUGGGAUAGGCGUCGAUAGAAAUGCAUCUUAUGAUUUUGUGGGGUAAAGGAAGAAGUUGGUGUAGCGUGGAGUGGAGUAUGGAAGGAAGAGGAUUAACUGAACUGAACUGAA